AUGCCUGUAACAGUUGUCUGCUGCAGCGUUUAUCAUGUCAAGAACAUGCAAGUCCUGCAGCUCUGGAUCAAUGCUGUUUCAAGCCUCAAAGAUCCCCGCAGCAUCAUCAAAGACCUGCGAGCCAUCUAUAUCAAUCCUUGUACAGCUGACAUCGCUGACAUUCUUACGCGGAACGGCAGCUACUAUUUGAUGAUACGCGGUGCAGACGGCCGCGAGGCCGUAUUCACGAAUUGCAUGGAGGAGGCUGCGUGGCUUAAAGAAUACGCUGACAUGCUUGAGGAUAUGAAUCCUCAGGCCGAGUCCGAGAAUGCUAACAUGACCACGAUUGCGUCAUCCUGUAUCAGGGACGCGAGGCAACACAGUGUCGCCGAGCCCGCCGCAACUGCAGAGCAGACAACACGUAGCCCGACUGUGAACGAGAUGGCGAGCAGCCAGGCACCCACGAUAGUGAGUGAGGUGUCGGCGGACUCCACUGCUGACCGUUCUGAGUGCGGUCUGGAUGUGAAGCCUGCUGCGCAAGCUCGUUCCGCUGCGCCGGCCCUCUCCUCCCCUGAUUCUGAAGUCGCCAGCCAGGAAGGCAGUGCCUUUCACUCAGCGCACUGGAGCAACUUCCGGCAUAUCAAGUGUCAUGAGGACGCCAUCCUGACCUGGAGGUCAUGCCGAUGA